AUGAUUAAAGCACGUGUGCUAUUAGCAUUGGGUGACUCCCAGCAGUCUACAUCGGAGUCUCAAAACGCCGUUACUGGAGAAGAGGAGUCCCAAUCAUCCGCCGUGACCAGUCAUGGUUAUGUGCUGCCAGAGGGAAAAAUUAUGCCAAAUACAGUGUUUGUGGGAGGAAUCGACAUACGGAUGGAUGAAAUUGAAAUACAAGAUUUUUUUGCAAGAUUUGGAUCUGUUAAGGAAGUAAAAAUAAUCACAGACAGAACUGGGGUAUCCAAAGGGUAUGGCUUCGUGUCGUUUUAUGAUGAUGUGGACGUCCAGAAAAUUGUUGACUCUCAGAUAAACUUUCAUGGGAAAAGACUGAAAUUAGGCCCGGCGAUAAGGAAACAGCAAAAUGUAUGUACAUAUAUCCAGCCCAGACCUGUGGUGCUUAAUCCACCUGCACCUCAGUUUCAUAAUGCCUGGGGCAAUCAAAACGUGGAUCCAUACAUUCAGCACCCCACCAUGAUUGGGCCGGUUCCCCAGUAUGUGCCUGCUUGUCCAUACCCAAGUUCACCUCCUGUGAUGAUCCCACAAUUCCCAAUGGGAUAUCAGCCCAGCUACUACCAGGUAGCACCGCAAUGGGGUGCGGGUGAUCAAAGGAGCUACAUCUUCCCCCAGGCCAUUGCGCUGAAUUAUCACUGCAAUGAAAUCGACCCACCCUUGAAUGAAGUGAUGCAGACUGAGUUCCCUCUGCAUGAUCAGACUGUCUCAUCUUCUGGAUCCAGCGCUCAGAAGAAAUCCGUGGACAGAAGCAUUCAGACUGUGGUAUCAUGUCUGUUUAACCCAGAGAACCGACUGCAGAGAUCAUUUAUUUCCCAAGAGGAUAAGAGGGCACCGUUUCGGAGAAGCAAAGCUGUUUUCAAAACUGUCACAAACUAAAAGUUCUUAAUUCACAAAAAAAAGACACCAGCUAUGUAACUAAAUGGAUUUAAUGAAUGUUCUGUUGGACCUGAAAGGGUAUUCACUUUGUUUUUGAGCUGUUGUUGAAAAUUACCAAGUUUUGGUACUGUUAGCACUUGUUUGAAAAACUC